AUGUCCGGCGUCUUCACGCCGCGGAAGAAGACGCCGCCGCCGCCGACGAAGGGCGCGUCGCCGCCGCCGCCGCCGCCGCCGCCCGACGGCGACGAGCAGCGGCCGACGUUCUCGGAGCCGCCGCCGCCCGAGGCCGCGAAGCUCCUGUCGUCGAGCGACAUCCUCACGCCCGCGCACGUCGCGGCGCUCGAGCCGUCGCUGCCGGCGACGCUCCGCGGCUACAACUGGCGGCAGCUCUACUCGCUGCAGCAGCACGGCGCCAACGCGGGCACGUUCUACGCGCGCGUCCAGUUCGAGUCGCGGACGCUCGUCGUCGCGGAGACGUCCGCGGGCGAGAUCCUGGGCGGCUACACGAACGCGGUCUGGCGCCCGGGGGCCGAGUACUACGGCACGGGCCAGUCGUUCCUCUUCAAGCCGCGGCGCACGCCCGACGGCCGCCGCAUCUGGCGGUCGCGGGGCCACAUCCUCGACAUCAUCCCGGACCCGCCCGACGACGACGGGCCCCGCGUGUCCUGCUUCCCGUGGACGGGCGCGAACAACUACUUCAUGAUGUGCUCCGAGUCGUCCAUCGCCAUGGGCGGCGGCGGCGGCUCCUUCGGCUUCUUCCUCGACGACGACUUCUCCCGCGGCUCCUCCGGGCCAUCGGAGACCUACGGCAACCCGCCGCUCGCGGCGUCGUCCGAGUUCGACGUCGUCAACUUCGAGUGCUGGGGCUUCACGACCCACGUCGACGCCGACGCCGCGGCCAAGGAGGACCGAUGCCGCGUCGGCCGGCCGAGGCCCGUCGUCGCCCUGCUGAGCUAA